AUGCUAAUUCUCCAUUCUGCUAGGGGACCUCGAGCAAUACGCACAUCAACCCCCCCGCGAUACGUCGCUGGCAUGCGCAACGAUAAGAAAACAGGCGGACAAGGCACAGGAGGAAGACGAGGAGGACGAGAAGUUGACAAGCGGCAUGCAGAUUUUGGUUCAGAGUUGGCAUAUAUAAACGGCGCAAGUGUAGAGAUGGGAUUUCUGGGUUCGAAUUAUGCAGAAUAUGGUGAAAUGGACUGGAUAUUUGGUGUAUAA